AUGGGUAACGAGGCCAGCUUUGAGGGUGGCGCUGGCGACGGGCCGCUGCCGCCCGGAGGCGCGGGUCCCGGCCCUGGCCCCGGCCCCGGCACAGGGAAGCCGCCUUCAGCACCGGCAGGCGGCGGACAGCUCCCCGCGGCAGGUGCUGCGCGGGCCACCGCGGGACCCCCCGGCCCAGGGUCUGGCGCCGGCGGACCGGGUCCAGGCAGCACUUCCAGGAGACUGGACCCCAAGGAACCCCCGGGUAGCCAGAGAGCAGCUUCUCCAACUCUGAAGCAGGCUUCUGCUACUGCUCCUGGCCGCGAGAGCCCCCGGGAGCCAAGGGCACAGGGCCCAGCAGGCCAGGAGGAUGAUGGCCCCCACAGGACGCUGCAGGUGGACAGUAAGACGCAGAGAUCAGGGCGGUCCCCCUCGGUGUCACCGGACAGAGGCAGCACCCCCACAUCACCCUACUCCGUCCCCCAGAUCGCUCCCCUGCCCAGCAGUACCCUGUGUCCCAUAUGCAAGACCUCGGACCUCACGUCGACCCCCAGCCAGCCAAACUUCAACACCUGCACUCAGUGUCACAACAAGGUCUGCAACCAGUGUGGGUUCAACCCCAACCCUCACCUCACCCAGGUGAAGGAGUGGCUUUGCCUGAACUGCCAGAUGCAGAGAGCUCUGGGGAUGGACAUGACCACUGCACCUCGUUCCAAGAGCCAGCAGCAACUGCAUUCCCCAGCCCUGUCUCCUGCCCACUCCCCAGCCAAGCAGCCCCUGGGAAAGUGGGAGUCAGAGAAACCACAGGGCCCAGGGGGACCACAGCCUGGCCCCCGCCAGGCUGAUGUGUCCAGGGCCACCUCAGUGCCGGGGCCUGCCCAAGCAGCUGCCCCUCCAGAGGUGGGGAGGGUGUCUCCUCAGCCAACUCUCCCCACCAAGCCUUCCACAGCUGAGCCCAGGCCACCUACAGGAGAGGCCCUGCCAAAAAGUGCCAUCGCAGUGCCCUCUGGGCCUGGUCCUGCUGAGCAAACCCAGGAGGGCCUCACCGGGAAGCUCUUCGGCCUCGGCGCAUCACUGCUGACCCAAGCGAGCACUCUCAUGUCUGUGCAGCCGGAGGCUGAGCCCCAGGGCCAGCCUUCCCCCAGCAAGGGGCCACCCAAGAUCGUCUUCAGCGAUGCCAGCAAGGAGGCUGGCCCCAAACCCCCGGGCUCAGGCCCCAGGCCUGGGCUGGCACCUGGAGCCAAAACUGAGCCUGGGGCUAGAACAGGUCCUGGAUCAGGGCCUGGAGCCCUGGCAAGAACUGGGGGAACAACCAGUCCAAAGCAUGGCAAAGCAGAACACCAGGCAGUGUCCAAGGCUGCUGCCAAGCCAAAGACCAUGCUGAAAGAAAGGGCCUCCUGCCCACUGUGCCAAGCUGAGCUCAAUGUGGGCAGCAAGGGCCCAGCCAACUAUAACACCUGCACUACCUGCAAGCUGCAGGUGUGCAACCUUUGUGGCUUCAACCCAACACCCCACCUGGUGGAGAAAACCGAGUGGCUCUGUCUGAACUGCCAAACGAAGCGGCUGCUGGAGGGCGGCCUGGGAGAGCCGACCCCACAGCCACUGCCCACCUCGCAGCAGCCCCCUGCAGGGGCCCCUCACCAUGCAGCUGGAACAGCUCCUCCGAAGCAGAAAGGGCCACCAGGGCCAGGCCAGCCAUCAGGCUCCCUGCCCGCCAAGGCCACCCCCCUGCCCACCAAGGCCAGCCCCCAGGCCAAGCCCCUCAGGGCUUCUGAACCCAGCAAGACCCUGAGCAGUGCCCAGGAGAAGAAGGCAGGAGUCCCAGCUAAAGCUGAGCCCACAUCAAAGCCACCUCCAGAGACUACCCCAGCCCCUGGGCCUCCUAAAGCAAAGAGUGGGGCACGGAGAACUGAACCUACCACCCCUGCCAGCAAGGCUGUCCCAGAAGCCUCCAAGGGUGGGGAGGCAGAGGAGCUGGUGGGAAAGCCUUACUCUCAGGACCUGUCUCGGAGCCCACAGAGCCUCAGUGACACCGGCUAUUCCUCUGAUGGAAUCUCCAGCUCCCAGAGUGAGAUCACAGGUAUUGUGCAGCAGGAAGGGGAGCAGCUGGACAGUGCAGGGGUGACGGGGCCCCGCCCACCCAGCCCGUCAGAGCUCCACAAGGUAGGGAGCAGCAUGCGGCCCUUGCUAGAGGCCCAGGGCCUGGCCCCCAGGGGCAAGCGGGGCCCGCUGCUCUGCAGCAGCAGUGGCAAAGAACCAAAGCGGCGGCCACACUCCCUGUCCAUCAUGCCUGAAGACUUUGACUCCGAUGAGGAGCUGGAGGAGAUCCUGGAGGAAGAGGAGGACUCUGUUGAGUGGGGACGCCAGAGGGCGCAGCGGGACACAGCUGAGUCCUCAGACGACUUUGGCAGCCAGCUGAGGCACGACUACGUGGAGGACAGCAGUGAGGGUGGCCUGUCCCCACUUCCACCCCAGCCCCCAGCCCGGGCAGCAGAACUGACCGACGAGGAGUUCAUGCGACGGCAGAUCCUGGAGAUGAGUGCCGAGGAAGACAACCUGGAGGAGGAGGAGGAGGCUGCCACUGCUCGGCAUGGCCUGGCCAAACAUGGCCCUCCGAAAGGUGGCCCCUGGCCCGGGCCUGAGCCCAGCCAAGAGGCAGUGGCACUGCCCAAAAGGCGCCUGCCCCACAAUGCCACCACGGGCUACGAGGAGCUGCUCUCCGAGGGAGGCCCAGCUGAGGCCACCGACAGCAGCGGGGCCCUGCAGGGCGGGCUCCGCCGCUUCAAGACCAUUGAGCUCAACAGCACAGGCAGCUACGGCCAAGAGCUGGACCUGGGCCAAGGGCCAGACCCCAGCCUGGACCGGGAGCCCGAGCUGGAGAUGGAAAGCCUGACAGGCUCGCCUGAGGACCGCUCCCGCGGGGAGCACUCCUCCACCCUGCCUGCCUCCACACCCAGCUACACGUCGGGCACCUCUCCCACCUCCCUGUCUUCUCUCGAGGAGGACAGCGAUAGCAGCCCCAGCCGCCGGCAGCGUCUGGAAGAGGCCAAGCAGCAGCGCAAGGCCCGGCACCGCUCCCAUGGGCCCCUGCUGCCCACCAUCGAGGACUCCUCAGAGGAGGAAGAGCUGCGCGAGGAGGAGGAGCUGCUGCGCGAGCAGGAGAAGAUGCGGGAGGUGGAACAGCAACGCAUCCGCAGCACGGCCCGCAAGACCCGGCGGGACAAGGAAGAACUGCGGGCCCAGCGGCGGCGCGAGCGCUCCAAGACGCCGCCCAGCAACCUGUCGCCCAUUGAGGAUGCCUCCCCCACAGAGGAGCUGAGGCAGGCAGCCGAGAUGGAGGAGCUGCACCGCUCCUCCUGCUCCGAGUACUCGCCCUCGCCCUCCCUCGACUCGGAGGCCGAGGCCCUGGAUGGCGGCCCUGGCCGGCUCUACAAGUCAGGCAGCGAGUACAACCUGCCCACCUUCAUGUCCCUCUAUUCACCAACGGAGACACCCUCGGGCAGCUCCACCACUCCCUGCUCCGGCCGGCCCCUCAAGAGUGCCGAGGAAGCCUACGAGGAGAUGAUGCGAAAGGCAGAGCUGCUCCAACGGCAACAGGGCCAGGCGGUGGGGGGCCGGGGGCCCCAUGGUGGCCCCUCUCAGCCCACGGGUCUGCAGGGUCAGGGCCCCUUUGAAUACCAGGACACCCCGGACCAUGACUAUGGCAGGGUGGCACAGCCUGGUGCAGAGGGCACAGCUGUGUAUGAGGAGAUCCUGCAGACAUCACAGAGCAUCGCUCGGAUGCGGCAGGCCUCCUCGCGCGACUUGGCCUUCGCUGAGGACAAGAGGAAGGAGAAGCAGUUUCUGAAUGCCGAGAGUGCAUACCUGGACCCAAUGAAGCAAAAUGGCGGCCCUCUGACCCCCGGGACCAGCCCCACCCAGCUUGCUGCCCCGAUGUCCUUCUCCACUUCCACCUCCGCCGACAGCAGCGGGGGCCGAGUCAUUCCUGAUGUCCGUGUCACUCAGCAUUUUGCCAAGGAGCCUCAGGACCCCCUCAAGCUGCACAGCUCUCCUGCCUCCCCCAGCUUUGUCCCCCAGGAGGUGGGCAUGCCCUUUUCCCAGGGCCCUGGGGCCCCCACCACCGCAGCUGUGGCUCCCUGCGGGUAUGUGACUCCAACCUCCCCAGUAGGCUCCGAGCGCAGCCCUUUACCAUCUUCCACAGGCCACAGCUAUGGGCAGAGCCCAACCACCGCGAACUAUGGUUCACAAACUGAGGAGCUGCCCCUGGCCCCCAGUGGCCCCACCGCUGCUGUGCGGGCUGCCAGGGAGAAGACCCUGAGUGUGAGUGACGGCGAGAGCAGCACUCCCCAGCCCUCCCGGGGACACUCCUACUUUGUGGGCUCCAGCCCACCCCUCUCCCCGUCUUCCCCUUCAGAGAGGCCCAUAUUCUCCCCUGGCAAGCUGGGCCCAAGGGCCACUGCAGAGUUCUCUACACAGACGCCAAGCCCGAUCCCCUCCUCGGGUGUGUUGCGAAGCCCUGGUGCCCCCACUCAGACUCCCAUGGUGGCCCAGGGCACACAAACGCCACACCGACCCAGCACACCUCACCUGGCGUGGCAGCAGCCCUCUCAGGAGGCUUCCUUUAUGGUCAUUACACUGGCGUCCGACGCUUCCAGCCAGACCAAGAUGGUGCACGCCAGUGCUUCCACCUCCCCGGUGUGCUCGCCUACCAGCAGCCAGCCCACCGCCCACAGCUACAGCCAGACUACGCCUCCAAGUGUGCCCCCAGAACCACCUGGGCCACCUGGCUUCCCGCGGGCCCCCAGCGCUGGUGCAGAUGGGCCCCUGGCACUGUACAGCUGGGGUGCCCUGCCUGCAGAGAACAUCUCCCUGUGCCGGAUCUCCUCUGUCCCCGGGACAUCCAGGGUCGAGCCAGGCCCCAGGCCCCCUGGCGGCGCCGUGGUGGACCUUCGCACAGCUGUCAAGCCCACGCCCAUCAUCCUCACUGACCAGGGAAUGGACCUGACCUCCCUUGCCAUGGAAGCACGGAAGUACGGCCUUGCCUUGGAUCCGAUCCCAGGACGGCAGUCGACCGCCGUACAGCCCUUGGUUAUCAACCUCAAUGCCCAGGAGCAGACCCAUACCUUCCUAGGCACCGCCACCACCGUGAGCAUUACCAUGGCCUCAUCUGUGCUCAUGGCUCAGCCAAAGCAGCCCGUGGUCUAUGGGGACCCUUUCCAGAGCCGGCUCGACUUCGGUCAGGGUGUGGGUAGCCCCAUGUGCCUGGCCCAGGUCAAGCAGGUAGAGCAGGCUGUCCAGACAGCCCCAUAUCGAGGAGGGCCCCGGGGAAGACCCAGAGAGGCCAAGUUUGCCAGGUAUAACCUGCCCAAUCAGGUAGCUCCUCUGGCCCGAAGGGAGGUUUUGAUCACCCAGAUGGGCACUGCCCAGAGCAUUGGCCUCAAGCCAGGCCCAGUGCCAGAGCCUGGUGCUGAGCCCCACCGGGCCACCCCUGCCGAGCUGCAGCCACACGCGCUGCCGGGUGCCAGGAAGCCACAUGCAGUGGUGGUACAGAUGGGAGAGGGUACAGCAGGCACCAUGACCACACUGCUCCCGGAGGAGCCAGCGGGUGCCCUGGACCUCACUGGGAUGAGGCCUGAGAGCCAGCUGGCAUGCUGCGACAUGGUCUACAAGUUCCCCUUUGGCAGUAGCUGCACUGGCACCUUCCACCCUGCCCCCAGUGCACCAGAGAAGAGUGUGGCAGAUGCUGUCCCACCUGGCCAAAGCAGUGGCCCCUUCUAUGGUCACCGGGACCCUGAGCUUCCUGAGCCCCCGACUUACCGGGCACAGGGGGUAGUGGGGCCUGGGCCUCAUGAGGAGCAGAGGCCCUACCUACAGGGCCUCCCUGGCAGGCUGUACUCCUCCAUGUCUGACACCAAUCUGGCUGAGGCUGGCCUCAGCUACCAUGCCCACAGGAUGGGGCAGCUCCUCCAGGGCCCAGGACGAGACUCGGCUGUGGACCUCAGCCCCCUGAAGCACUCCUACAGCCUGGGCUUCACAGACGGACGCUACCUAGGGCAGGGCUUGCAGUAUGGCUCAUUCACAGAUCUGCGCCAUCCCACGGACCUUUUGGCUCACCCACUUCCCAUGAGGCGCUUCAGCUCAGUGUCGAACAUCUACUCAGACCACAGGUAUGGCACCCGGGUAGAUGCAGCUGGCUUCCAGGAGGCCAGCCUGGCCCAGUACAGUGCUACCACCGCCCGCGAGAUCAGCCGCAUGUGCGCUGCCCUCAACUCCAUGGACCAGUAUGGUGGGCGGCGUGGCAGCGGCAGCAGCGGUGGUGGCCCUGAACUCAUGCAGUACCAGCCCCAGUCUGGGCCUGGGUUCGGUGGCCCACAGGGUCUGGCUCCCCUCAGACCUGGCCUCCUAGGGAAUCCCACCUUCCCAGAGGGCCACCCAAGUCCUGGGACCCUGGCCCAGUAUGGUCCUGCUGUGGGCCAGGGAACAGCAAUGAGACAGCUGCUGCCAUCCACAGCCACUGUGCGUGCAGCUGAUGGCAUGAUCUAUUCCACCAUCAACACCCCAAUUGCUGCAACACUGCCCAUCACCACCCAGCCUGCCUCAGUGCUGCGGCCCAUGGUGCGUGGUGGCAUGUACAGGCCUUAUGCAUCUGGCGGAGUCACAGCGGUGCCGCUCACCAGCUUGACACGCAUGCCCUCGAUUGCCCCUCGGGUACCUCUGGGACCCACAGGGGUGUACCGGUAUCCUGCACCAAGCAGAUUCCCUGCACCUGCCAGCAUCCCACCUGCUGAGGGGCCUGUCUACCUGGGGAAACCUGCUGCUGCCAAGGUCCCAGGGGCUGGAGGCCCACCAAGGCCAGAGCUGCCAGCAGGGGCUGCUCGGGAAGAGUCUCUUUCUACAGCCACCCUUGCUGCCAUCAAGGAGCCUGCAGUGGCCCCGCUGGCUGGCCAGAAGCCACCAGGAGAUGCUGCUCCUGGGAGUGGCAGCGGGGCCCCCAGCCGGCCAGGGCUUGAGAAGGAGGAAGCAUCGCAGGAAGAGAAGCAGCGAAAGCAGCAGGAGCAGUUGCUACAACUGGAGCGGGAGCGGGUGGAGUUGGAGAAGCUGCGGCAACUGCGGCUUCAGGAGGAGUUAGAGCGGGAGCGGGUGGAGCUUCAGAGGCACCGGGAGGAGGAGCAGCUGCUGGUGCAACGGGAGCUGCAGGAGCUGCAAACCAUCAAGCACCAUGUGCUGCAGCAACAGCAAGAGGAACGCCAGGCUCAGUUUGCACUGCAGCGGGAGCAGCUAGCCCAGCAGCGCCUGCAACUGGAGCAGAUUCAGCAGCUGCAGCAGCAGCUGCAGCAGCAACUGGAGGAACAGAAGCAGCGGCAAAAGGCCCCCUUCCCCGCGGCCGGUGAGGCACCUGGCCGAGGGCCUCCCACGGCUGCCACUGAGCUGGCCCAGAAUGGCCAAUACUGGCCGCCCUUGACCCACACAGCCUUCAUUGCCAUGGCAGGGCCCGAGGGACCUGGGCAGCCUCGUGAGCCUAUGCUGCAUCGGGGUCUCCCCAGCUCCACCUCGGACUUGUCACUGCAGACUGAGGAGCAGUGGGAGGCAGGCCGUGGUGGCAUCAAGAAGCGGCACUCCAUGCCACGCCUGCGGGAUGCCUGCGAGCCAGAGCCGGGGCCUGAGCCCUGCGUGGUCAGGAGGAUCGCGGACAGCAGUGUGCAAACAGAUGACGAGGAUGGGGAGAGCCGCUACUUCCUGACCCGGCGGCGCCGGGCCCGGCGGAGUGCUGACUGCAGUGUGCAGACGGACGACGAGGACAGUGCUGAGUGGGAGCAGCCAGUGCGCCGCCGCCGGUCCCGUCUUUCCCGCCACUCAGACUCAGGUUCUGACAGCAAGCAUGAUGCUGCUGCCUUGUCAUCCACUGCCACCACCACUGUGAAAGCCACAAGCAGUGUGGGCAUCCAGACCAUCAGUGACUGCUCCGUGCAGACAGAGCCUGACCAGCUACCCAGGGUCUCUCCGGCCAUCCACAUCACAGCUGCCACCGACCCCAAGGUGGAGAUCGUCAGGUACAUAUCGGCACCAGAGAAGACUGGGCGUGGGGAGAGCCUGGCUUGCCAGACGGAGCCGGAUGGGCAGGCCCAGGGUGUGGCCGCACCACAGCUUGUAGGGCCAACUGCCAUCAAUCCCUACCUGCCCGGCAUCCAGAUCGUCACCCCAGGGCCCCUGGGCAGAUUUGAAAAAAAGAAGCCAGACCCCCUGGAGAUCGGGUACCAAGCCCACCUGCCCCCUGAGUCCCUCUCGCAGCUUGUGAGCCGCCAGCCUCCCAAGUCCCCCCAGGUUCUCUACUCGCCAGUCUCGCCCCUGUCCCCGCACCGGCUUCUGGACACCUCCUUUGCUUCCAGUGAGAGGCUGAACAGGGCUCACGUGAGUCCCCAGAAGCACUUCGUGGCUGACAGUGCCCUCCGCCAGCAGACGCUGCCUCGCCCCAUGAAGACCCUGCAGCGGUCCUUGUCUGACCCUAAGCCCCUCAGCCCCACCGCCGAGGAGUCUGCCAAAGAGAGGUUCUCCCUCUACCAGCAUGAGGGGGGGCUGGGUAGCCAGGUGUCGGCGCUGCCGCCCAACGGCCUGGUCCGCAAGGUGAAGCGGACACUGCCCAGCCCCCCUCCAGAGGAGGCUCACCUGCCCCUGGCUGGCCAGGCCUCCUCACAGCUGUAUGCGGCCAGCCUGUUGCAGCGCGGGCUGGUGGGGCCCACCUCCGUCCCUGCCACCAAGGCCAGCCUGCUCCGGGAGCUUGACCGGGACCUGCGGCUGGUGGAACAUGAGUCCACCAAGCUGCGCAAGAAGCAGGCGGAGCUGGACGAGGAGGAGAAGGAAAUCGACGCCAAGCUCAAGUACCUGGAGCUAGGUAUCACUCAGCGCAAAGAGUCUCUGGCCAAGGAUCGCAGUGGCCGCGACUACCCACCCUUGCGUGGCCUCAGUGAGCAUCGUGAUUACCUGUCAGACAGUGAGCUCAACCAGCUGCGGCUUCAGGGCUGCACCACUCCCACUGGCCAGUAUGCGGACUUCCCUGCUGCCGCCCCUGCUCCCACCACCCCCUCUGGCCCCAUUGCCUUCCAGCAGCCCCAGUUUCCACCGCCAGUCCCACAAUACACUGCAGGCAGUGGUGGGCCAACUCAGAACAGAUUCUCAGCCCACCAGGUACCCGUUUACCCUGGCCCCAGCACGUACCCAGCACCUGCCUUUCCUCCUGGCACCAGUUGCUCAGCUGAGCCUGGGCUGCCGAGCCAGCAGGCUUUCCGUCCCACAGGCCACUACAUGGGCCAAACACCCAUGCCAACCACGCAGAGCACCCUUUUCCCGGUCCCGACUGACAGCCAUGCCCCCCACCAGAAGCCACGCCAGACAUCACUAGCUGACUUGGAGCAGAAGGUGCCCACCAACUAUGAGGUGAUCGACAGCCCUGUCGUCGCCAUGUCUACGGCCUCCUCUGAAACCAGCUACAGCGGCCCAGUGGUGAGCAGCAGUUACGAGCAGGGCAAGAACGCUGAGCUGCCCCGGGCCAGUGACCGUAGUGGCGUGAGCCAGAGCCCAGCCUCUACCUACCCCUCUGACUCACACUAUACCAGCCUGGAGCAGAAUGUCCCUCGAAACUAUGUGAUGAUCGAUGACAUCAGUGAGCUGACCAAGGAGAGCACCUCCACCGCCCCUGACAGCCAGCGGCUGGAGCCCUUGGGUCCAGGCAGUGGUGCGGGGCCAGGCGGUGGUGGGCGUCCAGGGAAGGAGCCUGGAGAACCGGCUGUCCUUGAGGGUCCCUCAUUGCCCUGCUGCUAUACCAGAGGGGAGGAGGAAUCCGAGGAGGAUGUGUACGACCCCCGUGGGAAGAGUGGGCAUCACCGGAGCAUGGAGAGCAAUGGCCGACCAGCCAGUGCCCACUACUACAGUGACAGCGACUACAGACAUGGGUCUCGAGCAGAGAAGUUUAGUCCGUGCCCCGUGGGGCCCAAGCAUCCCUCCAAGAGCCUGGCCCCAGCGGCUGUCUCCUCAAAGCGCAGCAAGCACCGGAAGCAAGGCAUGGAGCAAAAGAUCUCCAAGUUCUCGCCUAUCGAGGAGGCCAAGGAUGUGGAGUCAGACCUGGCCUCCUACCCCCCACCUGUAGUCAGCAGCAGCCUGGCCUCUCGGGGCAGGAAGUUCCAGGAUGAGAUCACCUAUGGGCUCAAGAAGAACGUGUAUGAGCAGCAGAGAUACUACGGGGUUUCUAGCCGGGACCCAGCGGAGGAGGAUGACCAUGUGAAUGGCGGGAGCAGCCGGUCCCGGGCAGCAUCUGCAUAUCGGGGGGAGAAGCUGUCCAGCCAUGACUUCAGUGGCCGGAGCAGGGGGUAUGAGCGGGAGCGAGAGUCUGUGGAGCGGCUUCAAAAAGCGGGCCCCAAGCCCUCAUCGCUGAGCAUGGCCCACGGCCGGGCCCGGCCCCCCAUGCGGAGCCAGGCUUCAGAAGAGGAGAGCCCUGUCAGCCCCUUGGGGCGGCCCCGCCCCACUGGAGGGACACUCCCUCCUGGGGACAGCUGCCCACAGUUCUGCUCCAGCCACUCCAUGCCCGACGUCCAGGAGCAUGUCAAGGAUGGGCCACGGGCUCACACAUAUAAGCGUGAGGAGGGCUACAUCCUGGACGAUCCCCACUGCGUGGUUUCUGACAGUGAAGCGUAUCACCUGGGCCAGGAGGAGACAGACUGGUUUGAUAAACCCCGAGAUGCCCGCCCUGACCGGCUCAGGCACCACGGGGGCCACGCAGUCUCGUCUUCCUCCUCCCAGAAGCGAGGCCCUGCCAGACACAGCUACCACGACUACGAUGAGCCUCCCGAGGAGGGCAUGUGGCCACACGAUGAGGGUGGCCCAGGUCGCCAUGCCUCCACCAAGGAACACCGACACCACACUGACCACGGGCGGCACUCAGGCCGUCACCCUGGCGAGGAUCCGGGCCGGCGUGCUGCCAAACCACACAUUCGGGACCCGGGUCGCCAUGAGGUCCGGUCCCAACCUCAGCCCAGCCCUGCCCCAGCCACACAGAAGAAGGGUCCAUCUGGGUACCCCAGCUCUGCUGAGUAUUCACAGCAGUCUCGCGUCCCUUCUGCGUACCAUCCUGCCUCUGACAGCAAGAAGGGCCCACGGCAGGCCCACCCCGGGCCCCCAGCACUGCAGCCAAAGCCAGAACCCCAGCCACAGAUGCCGUCGCAAGGUCGACAGGCACCUCCAGGGCCACAGCAGUCACAGCCACCACCGUCCAGGCAGCCGCCCUCGGCGACAGCAUCACGCCAGCCACAGCCACAGCCGCAUCAGCAAGGCCCUGGGCAGGCCCCGUCACAGGGCCGGCUACAGCAGCAGAGCCAGCCGACUGCCCGAGGCCCAGCCCCUGCUGCCAGCCAGCCAGCAGGGAAGCCUCAGCCAGGCCCCGUCACAGCCACAGGCCCCCAGCCAGCAGGACCGCUACGGGCAGAGCAGGCCGACGGCUCUAAAGGGACUGCCAAAGCCCCACAGCUGGGGAGGCCUCCUCAGGCCCAGCCACCACCAGGACCUGGACCUGCGGGUGUGAAGGCUGGAGCCAGGCCUGGUGGAACCCCAGGGGCUCCUGCCAGCCAGCCUGGUGCUGAUGGGGAGAGUGUGUUCUCCAAGAUCCUCCCUGGAGGGGCAGCAGAGCAAGCUGGCAAGCUGACGGAAGCUGUCUCUGCUUUUGGCAAAAAAUUUUCCUCGUUCUGGUGACCUUGCCCUGCAGGCAUCUACAAUCUGGCAAACCCUUGGCCCAAAGACUCACACCAGGUGGGACUUGGCAGGCAGGUCCUCGGUUGAGGACAGGAUGCUUUCUAACAGCAGCUGCCUGGGUGAAAUGAAGCAGCUGCUGGACAAGUGCGACCAUUGGCCUGGAGGGGCCUUUGAUUGUCUUUCCAGAGACCCUGCUCUCCUCAGGGCACCACCUCCAAGGCACAGCCGUCCCUCCAGAAACCCUGCCACCACGGCUGUCACCACUCUUCCCGCAGCCGCCUUUCCGCGGCCGCGUCGGCCAGGCUUCCAAUGCGUUAUACACAGAGUUGGGGUGCACGCUCCCAUUUUUGAUGGAUGCUGCCCUCCCUCCGCCAUACCAGAAGUUUUUCCACAGCCUUGGAGAGGGGCUUUGACUGACGGCUGGGGGCUUCAGGCUCCGUUUCCUUCACAUUCCAGCUGGCCCAGAUCCCUCUGUGGCCACCAGGCCCUGUCCCCCUCACCCUGCCUUCUGGGUGACAAUGGAGCAAACCUCCAUGUGGCCAGCAUGGGUUUGGGAGAACUUUACAAACAUUAGGACCUAACACUGUCUCAUCCCUGAAAUAAGAGGCCAUAGCACCGAAAAGCAGCGUGGGCGCCGGCUGAGGCUUCUCCCAGCCCAUGGGUGGCAGCGUGCCAGCAUGCCUGCCACCAACUCAAAGCCAUCCCCCACCCCAGCCAUCGUGAACAUCCCAACGGCACCACCAUUGUCUUGACCAGCCGGCUCCUCCUCUGUACACCUGGGGAUUUUUUUUAAUUUCAAGAACAGCCUUAAUCAUUCCAGUUUGAUUUACGUGUAUACCUCAUAAACAUUUUUUGUUUCUCUCUUUCUCCUUUCUCUCUUCUCUCUCUUUGCUCACCCCCUUGCCUCUCCCCUCCACCACCACCUUGGGACUGACAGUUUGAUUUUUCCUCUCUGCUCUGCCCCUGCUCAAGCACAGGGAGAAUGUUGACUUAGCAGCAAUAGUGGGCAGCAGGCCACCAAGAGCACAACCCCAGGGCGAGGCCUGGGGAGUCCCCUCAGCCAGCCUCUGUUUACUGUGCAAUUCUAGUCCUUCUUAAGCCAUCACCAGUGAGUGUACUCAGAGCAGAGGGCCAGGGUUUCUGCCAGCCAAGGGAGGGGUCCAGAGCCCUGGGGGAGGGGUGGGGGAGUAUGGCACCUCCCACCCACCUGGUGGGCUGGCCGGCACUCCUCCACGGGCCCCUCCCUUGAGGGCCCUUUCUUCAUCUUGGGCACAGCCAAAAGUCUCAUCUCUAAUGUUCUAUGCAAUGAAAUAUAAACCCUCAAAGACAACUGUUAAUAUUUAAUAAAUUCCAUGUUAUGUAUAAGGAUUUAACUGCAAACAUGCAGUUGAGAAACUGGAUAGAUAUGCUCAUAUCACCCCCUGCCCCCUCCUCCGCUCCCCCCGUGUGUGUGAAGUUCUCAGUCUGUGGCAUGUUUGACCUGUGGCAGGACUCGCUGCUGCCAGGUGAGUUACCGCCUGUCCUGCAGAGGAGCAUGCACAGCUCACAGCCUCUUUGCACGAUUUCAUCCAUUUUAAAUGCUCAACCCUCUUGCUUGGAGUUCUUUUUGUCUCAGAAUCUCUCCUUCAGGAGUGCUUCUAGCUGACUUGUGCACGAGCUAGUGAGGACCUGCUGGAAUUUGUUGCCUGAGCGUGCCAGGCUGCGGGACAGGGACUGCCCCUGCAGGUCUGUUUGUCCAAGAUGGGCAGGUGAGAAGGAGUCCUUGGAGUAGACUCGCUGGUGGGAGUCCGCACAGGAUGCACGUGUGUGAACGUUCUGAAAGUUUUCCAUAGGAUUCCUAUCUGUGUGUCGAUCCCCCUCCUACCCCGGCCUGAGCCAAGGGCCUCCGGCCACCCCUUCCCAACUCGGAACUGCUCAAAGGCAGAGCUGGGCUGCAUCUGUGGCCAGAGAGGUGGAGGCCAAGGUCAGGGCCUGGCUGUGUCCUGGAGACCGCAGCUCUUGAUGUACCUUCUCCAUGCCUCUCCUCUCUGGCUGGAAUGCUCAGAGGUCUGUGAGCCAGGAGAUCUGGGCUGGGGCCAGGGGACUGAAGGGCACUCAGGAAGAGCUGGGCCUUUAGCACUUGUGGCUUGGACAACUGACAGUGGGGCCAUCUGGGACCAAAGCAAGUGAACUCUUCCCAUAGCCAGUGGCUUCAAGCUCAGUUUCUUGGGAAGCUUCUCAAUAGCAAAACUUAUAGAAGGUUCUGUGUGGCCCUCUCUCUAUCUGUCCCUGGGACCUACACUCCCUGCCCACUGCUAUCUCCAAAGCUCCAGUACUCUACUGCUUUCACUCCUCUGCAGCUGAGCCAGGAGUGCAGCAGGCAGUAGCUGCCCAACCCCUCACAGCCUGGCCCUCCUCCAGAGUGCUCUGGUUUGCACCUGGCAUUCCUCAGGGGUCCACAUUUCUCAUGCAUUCCUCUAUGGUCUAUGUGCCCCUCCACAGGGGGAUCCUGGCCCUCCUCUGGCAGCUGUGGAUGACAUAGGAGGCUGCCAACCUUGGUGUUGGGCCUGAGAAACUGGCCCUCCUGGGCCUCACCCAUCCCAAAGAACAUCCGCCUCCUGCCAGCAAUUAGGCUUAGGCCCACCGUGGCCAUCUGAGCAAGGACUGAGGAGACUGUGGCACAGCACCUCUGGUCACCCAGGGCCAGGUCUAUGAAGGGUCAUGCCUAGUGGCUGGAUACUUGUGGGACCAGGGAAGUAUUCCUCCUUUCUAAAGGCCAGGGCAUGGGGCCAGGAACAGAGAAGAGGAGGGGAGAUGGCAGCAAGGCAGCCUCCAGCCUGCCCCAUCUCAGACUCUCAAGUUUUGACUUUUCAGCAAAUUUCCAUUCUGGCCAAGCCCUCUGAGUUUGAAACUUCUGACAUCUGCUACCCCCUCACCUCUUACUCUCAUCACUUCUGUGAAGGUGGCUGGAGCAGGUCUCUGGGCCUUGGGUGUCCUGGCCCUUGUGUGGAUGCUGCUGUGGCCCCAGGGCACUGUAGCUAGAGGCCAAGGGGUCGGCAUUCAGUGUCUUGGGCAGUGGGGAGCAACAGGCACAUCUCCAAACGGGCAAGGAGUCUCUAGGAUGCAGGCCAGGCCUUUUCCAUACACCCCCAGCCCCCCACCCAGCAUCACGAACAAGGGCAUUGCCUCCUCUGCCCAUUUCAGGGCCCGGUACACUUAAUUCACAGCCAGUUCCCCCACCCUCAGCCCUUGGGCAGAGCGUGUGGUCUUGGGGCCCACAAUGAGAGGGCAGCAGUGACAGCAACUCUUAACUAGGACCUGUCUUCUGGAACCUGUAUGGAGUUUUCCAGGCAGAUCCUUUGCCGUGGCAGUGGGCCCUGCCCUGCUGCCUCCACCCCCCACCCCCAUGCUGUAGAUAUUGUCAGCAUAGAUUCUGACAGAAUUGGAAGGACAGGCCUAAUCCACUGAAACUCCCUGGAGAUGCCAUCUUCAUUUCCCUGGGAACUGGUAGCCCUGCUGCCAUGUGCACUGGAGAACCAUGGAAGUCAUGAGACAUUGUGUGUGCGUGCAUGUGAACAUGUGUGUAGAGUGUGUGUUUGUGUGUGUGCACGUGUGUGUGCGUGCUUGUCUGUCUCAUUCAGCCUUUGCAGUCAAACCAGCUCCUUCUCUCCAAGUGUAGUGCCCUGGAGAGUGGUGGCCGCUCAACGCCUUUCCCCCUGCUAGCUUCCAUGUCUUGUUUUUUGCUUCCUCCUCCCUCUCUCCCUUCUUCCCUCCCCCUCUUCUUUCCUUCUUUCUUUCUCUCCUUUAUUUGAGGGGGGAAGUGUGCUGUACAAAGUCAAACAAACAAGUUUACAGUUGUAAGUGCAAUGACCCGAGUCCUCCACAUGACCUUGUGAAUUGUGUACUGUCCUCCUGUGCUUUGUGAGAACUCGUGGUACUUCAGUGUCCCUCCCCCUGUAUUGUGACAAGGUAAUUCUGUGGUAUCAGAAUAAAAGGUCUUGAUAUAAACAACCUA